CAACGAUAGUGGCGAAUCACACUAUCAUAAACACUUGCCUUUUGAGUCAAGUUAGUACGUGUGCAUUCGGCAUUGAUAUCACCUCGGUCGAGCCUGGUUGCAGAACCAGAUAUGCUGUAGAAUCGUGAUGCAGCUGGUGAGCGACGCCUCAGAAUGAUCGUGAACGUGACGCCGGGUUGAAGCAUGAGCAAAGCCAGCGCAGCACUAGCUUAACGAACAUGGCAACUUCUACGAAUCCCGACGCUGGCAUCUACAGUAUCGGCGCCUCAACAACCUACACAUCCGGCAACGCCUCCCAACCACCCGCCCUCCGCUUCCUGCACUACAACGACGUCUACCACGUCGAAGCCGGCUCCCGCGAUCCCGUGGGCGGCAUCGCCCGCUUCAAGACCGUCACGGACCACUACCAGCAACACGAUGCCGGACCCGCAUGCCUCACCUUCUUCUCCGGCGACGCCUUCAACCCCAGCCUCGAGUCCAGCGUGACAAAGGGCAAACACAUGGUCCCCGCGCUCAACCUCAUCAACACCGACGUCGCGUGUCUGGGCAACCAUGACCUGGAUUUCGGCGUGGAGCAGUUCGAGUACCUGGCCGGGUUGUGUACGUUCCCGUGGCUUUGCGCGAAUGUGAUCGAUCCGGCUUUGGGGGCGGAUGUGCCUCUGGGGAGGUGUAAGCGGAGUGUUAUGUUCACGUCUUCGAAUGGGAUCAAGGUUGGGGUGGCGGGGUUGGUGGAGAGGGAGUGGCUGGAUACGAUUAACAGUUUGCCACCGGACCUCAUUUUCAUCGAGCCGGAGGUUUGCGCGCGGGAGCUUGCGGCGCAGUUGAGGCGGGAGGGGGCGGAGAUGGUCGUCUUGCUGACGCACCAACGAGAACCGAAUGACGGGAGACUCGCCCGCGAUCUCGCGCCUGGACUCGUCGAUAUCAUCCUCAGCGGGCACGACCACUUCUACGCGCACUCGAUCGAGAACGGGACACACAUCCUCCGCUCCGGGACGGACUUCAAACAGCUUUCCUACCUCGAAGCGCGACGGAAGUCCCACUCGACAUCAGCAGAAGAGAGCAAAUGGGACUUCACCAUCACGCGCCACGACAUCCUCAGCUCCAUCCCCGCCAACCCCGAAGCAUCCAGCAUGGUGGACACAAUCACGGCAAGUCUGGCCCCGAAACUGGAAAAACCGGUCGGCUACACCGCCGCGCCCCUCGACGCCCGCUUCACCACCGUCCGCACGCGCGAGUCCAAUUUGGGCAACUUCGUGUGCGAUUUGAUGCGUUUCCAUUACAACGCCGACUGCGCUCUGAUCGCCGCGGGGACAAUCCGAGGGGACUGCGUUUACCCGCCCGGCAUGCUGAAGGUCAAGGACAUGAUGGAUUGUUUCCCCUUUGAGGACCCGUGCGUGGUGAUUGGCCUCAAGGGGGCGGAUGUGGUCAGAGCGUUGGAGAAUGGGGUGAGUAAGUAUCCGGCGCUGGAGGGACGGUUCCCGCAUGUCAGUGGGAUUCGGUUUGUUUUUGACCCCAGCAAGGCGGCGGGGGAGAGGUGUUCGGAGGUGGAGAUUCAUGGUGCGCCGGUGGAUGUGGGGAGGGAGUAUAGUAUGGUGACGCGGGAGUACAUGCAGCGGGGGAAGGAUGGGUAUGGUUCGCUUAUGCUGGUGGAGGAUGGGGGGCAGGCGAGGAGUAUUGUGGGGGAUGAGAGCGGGAUGUUGAUUUCGAUGCUGUUGCGGCAGUAUUUCAUGAGUCUGAAGAUUUUGGGGAGGUGGAGGAAUUGGGGGGUGGAUAUGGGACGGCAUUGGAAGGGGAUCCAUGAGGGGUUGCAUGAGGUGCAUCCGGUUAGGGAGCCGGUGCAGCCGGGGGAGAGGGAUGGUUUGAGGGAGGCGGCGGGUGAAGGCACGGUUGGGGACGGCGAUGGCGGUCCGAAGGAAGAAGUGCCUAGUUUGGUUGGCAAGGCGCUGAGGGGAGACGACCACGAUGCACGGCAGCAACACGCAGGCAAACCUCGUCGGCGUCAAGCGAAGACAGACGACCACCUGAUGCACCACUCCGACAGCGAAGACGACAACAGCUACCGAGCCGAUCUACCCGCGGUGCCCACAGAUGGGAACGCGCCGUCUGAGUUGGCCCGGCGUGAGCGCGAGCUUGUGAUCAUGCGCCGCGUUACGCGAAAGUGGUGGCGUCUUGCGGGAUUGAAGGGUCAUCCCGCACUCUGCGACGAGCAGGCAGAUGAGUUGGGCGUGCAUUGGACGAAGGGGAUCUGUCCGAGGCUGGAGGGGAGAGUGCGUAUGGUCGGUACUUAGGUAGGAUAGAGGAGGGGAUUGGAGAUUCAGCGUGAUAACGCAGACGUGGCGGUUGAUGAACGGAACGGUAUGGACAAGCGCCACGAGACGCUUCGUACCCCAUGGCAUGUUAUACCUUGUGCAUGUGCAUGUAUCAGUACAUAAUAUAUGUGUCAAGACAUGUGGUGUAGUGAAUGUCGG